AGACAGGAAAACGGUGCACCAGUAUGUGAGAAGACGAGGCUGUGACACGAAUGAACACACACGCAUGGCUUUAUAUCGUCUUCUAUCCAUACUGAGCUUCCAACAGUCGUAUGAAAAGAGUGAAUGAAGGCCAAACACAUCAUGUUGUCCACUAAUGUGUGUUUGCACUCGGUGACUGUUCAGUGUGUGUUGGGAUUGUUCCGAAGCGUAUGUCACACUCGCUCUCUUUUCUCCAUGGCGUCUCUAUAUUGAUAAAUUCACACCACCUGCUGUUUUAAUGAAUGAUAGUAAACACUUCUUCUGUAAUUAUUGUGUGUUUUGCGUGUUAUAUGAAUGCCCAGGACAUUAUGGAGAUGUGGUUUUAAUCUCUCUGUCUCGGAACCGUGCCGAAAUGUUUCGCGCACUCUGAGUGGCUGUCUCGGGCUGUCAAUCAAGCGUGCGGCCAAUCACAACUGUCCUUACAUGAAAACUAUAUUUUCACUCACUGCUUGUACAGUGGACUGUAUGUUGCAAAAAAAGAAAAGAAAAAAAAGUGAACAGAAAAAGCCACCAUCGAAGAGGUGCGAGAGGUGGACAACGGACCUGUUAAGUCACUUUGGAGGGCCCGUUGCAGGUCAUCUUCAUCGCAUGAUACAGCCUGACUGACAGAUCCAUCCUCAUCUUUCAAAUACCGUAUUUCCAUAUUCUGUGGCUCUGGUCAGCAGCAGUAUGAAGGGCGGAGGUGGAGGGAAAGAACCUCCGGUGGAGGGAGAGGUCAGUGGAAAGCGGCCCAAACGCAAGUGUUUGCAGUGGCAUCCGCUGCUGGCCAAGAAAGCUCCAGACUUCUCUGAGGAGGAGGAGGAGGAGGAUGAAGAGGAGCUGGAGAAGGAGCCGGUGUUAUGUGUAGAGAGUGGAGCACAGGAGGGAGAGUCUGGCGGGAUGGAAGAUGACAGUGAGGAAUACUCCUCUGAACAACGGGCUCGCCGGCCCAUGAACGCCUUUCUGCUGUUCUGCAAACGGCACCGUUCACUGGUCCGACAGGAGCAUCCGCGACUAGACAACCGGGGAGCCACUAAGAUCCUGGCGGACUGGUGGGCCGUACUGGACCCCAAAGAAAAACAGAAAUACACAGACAUGGCCAAGGAGUAUAAGGAUGCGUUCAUGAAGGCUAAUCCUGGUUACAAAUGGUGUCCUGCCACCAACAAGCCAGUAAAGAGUCCUUCUCACUCUGUGAGUAACGCCCGCAAGAAAGUCUGGUCUCUUCCAUCCAACCCUAGCAAGGAAUCUUCCGUUGCCAAAAAACAGCCUAAAACUGACAGCACACCCCAGCUCAACUUCGCCAUGGCUGAUCCCAAUAAGAUGGGUGGCUUAAGCAUGCUGCUGUUAGCAGGGGAGCACGCACUGACCGCUAGAGAGAUUUCCUCAAGCUCUUCCCAGACAGGAAGCACAGAUGUUGCUAAGCACACUGGGAAAUCAGCCCUUUUCCAGCUGGCUGAGAUUUCUUCCAGUCCAGUGCAGCCAGCUGGUGGAAGUAAGAACGCUGAGGACACAAGCUCUCUCACACAUGUAGAGGCCUCUGGACCAUCUCAGCCAAGUUCACCAGACCUGCCCAAGAGUUGUGUUAAAUCACCCUUGUUUCAGCUGGCUGAGCAGAUCUCCUCCAGUAGGCCUCAGUCAGCGUCUGAGGGGAGGCAGUGCGGCCAGUCGGCUCUUUUCCAGCUCGCAGAGAUGUGUUUGGCUUCUGAGGCUGAAAAGAUGGAAGCUGGAUCCUCCCAGCCCUCUGGUGGUUCCUCUUCACUCUGUGCUCAGCACAGCUUAAGUAGCAGAGUCACCGAAGAACACGAAGACACUGCUGAACUUCCUGUCACCACAACAUCAUCAUCAUCUUCCUCAUCAUCCUCUACCUCUGGAUCCACCUCGUCAUCCCCUACUGACACAACUCCAUCUUAUCUCAGCCCGUGUAAGACGCUGAAGAAGAAGAAAAAGAAGAAAGAAAAUAAAGAAUCGGAUGAAAAUCCUGCAUCGCCCAAAAAGCCGAAGAAGCGACAUUCGCCGGAGUCGGACCUGGACAGCGUGAUGUUCACCAUCGAAGCAGUAGCUAAAGGUGCUUGGGGCUCAGAAGAAACACCAAGGAAGAAAGCUCAUCCCUCAGGGAGUGAGAGCAGCCCCACAAUGCACCAAUCUCCAGCGGUGAAGAAGAAAACAAAACUUAAACCGAAAAAACAAUUGAAGUUAACAGACGAUGAACAAGGGGAUGAAGAGACCUAUAAACCACAGGACGUAGAGAUGAAAACUGAAGAAGCUCCUCUGACCCCUAAAGAUGAGUGUGAGAAUGAGCCAGACAUGAAGGUGGAGCCCCCUGUUGGUGUGGAGGACACGACACCACACUGCUCUCCUCUUCAUCCUACAGAACUGGAGGAGAAUGACACAGACUCCAAACCACCUCAAACCAGACAGGAAGAUAGAGAGCAAGAGGUUAAGCCGGAGACCUGUGGGUCCAGGAAGUCAGAGCGAAGCUGUAAAGGAGCGCUUUAUAAGACUCUGGUGUCCGAAGGGAUGCUUACAUCACUGAGAGCAAAUGUGGACAGAGGGAAAAGAGGUUCCAUGCGAGGAAGUGUGUCCGAUCAUGAGGGCGGCUGGAAUGACGAGAGCUGGGGAUUUUCUCAAGUUGCUACCAGCAACCCAAAAAAGCUCAAGAAGUCUAAGUCUAAAGAAGAAACCACCCCAGGACUAGGAAAGCUUGAAGAGGAGUUUGAGAAAAAGUUCAACAGCUUGCCGCAGUACAGCCCCCUGACUUUUGACAAAAAGAGCGUGGCGGUAACCAAGAAGAAAAAAAACAGUACGUCCAGCCCUCCUGAACCACCCAAACCCUGCAAGGGUUCAUCUUCAUCUCAGAAAAAGACCUUAUUCCACAAGAUAGUGAACAAGUACAAACACAGGAAGGAGAAAUCCAGUGCCGCAGACAAAGACGUUGUCCCAACUGACCCAACUGUGGGUGCAGAAUCAAGUCCAGUGCUGAAGUCGGGCAGUCCAUGCAUGUCUCCCUCUCCUGAACCCCAGAAGGUUCUGGAUAUGCCUGUGGGCAGUCAGAAGAGGAAGGCCAGGAAGAGUAAAAUCACACACUUGGUGCGCACGGCUGAUGGCCGAGUGUCACCUGCACAGGCAGAAGAUAAAUCCAAGGAUCAGAGCAAGAAUCAGGAUGAAAAGCCAUUCUCUCAAGAGACAAUAUGCAAUAGGGGGGUCUGCUACAAUGACCCCAUAUCAGCGGAAUCGAACGUGACGGAUGCGUCCGGCGGCCUGCCGGCUUUCUUCAGCUUGGCUGCUCUGGCUGAGGUUGCAGCCAUGGAGAAUGUGCACAGAGCCCAGCGUGCUGUGAGCAUCCCCACUGAAGGUCAAGUGAAGGACAUGGCUCCUGUGCUGAUUUCCUGUGCGGACCAGUGAGGCCUCAGCAUGGCCCAGGACGGGUUUAGUCCAGACUGGGCUUAUGUACGGACAUGCUGGGACCUUAAUCUUGAUCCUUGGCCUCAGAUGCCAGGGGGAAAGAGCGAACGAGAGCGAGAGAGACUGGAAAGGGAUGAGGGAAGCUCUGAGCCGGAUGAAGAUGUUUUAUCCCAGAAGCUUUCACCUUACACCCAACCCCAUCCUCCCUCCCUCUCAUCCCCUCAGGGCCCUGGGGGAGCCAAUUCUGGUCCCUAUGCUUAUUUCCUCUGGUGGCUCCGGACCAGUUAUCAGACUUUACAAUCUGCAAGAAAUGUCUACUAUUUAAGGUCAAGUUUUGCCUACAAAAAGUGCAUUUGAAGCAAGUGCUCCCUCUCUGUCUUUCUCUAUCUUAUGGUUCUGUUCCUGGUCAGCUUCAUUGCACAAACGUCUUUCUCACACAGCAGCAUACACCUUCUCUCGGUCAGAGGAAUGUUUUGUGGCUUCCUGCCCCCCUUUCUUGCUCUGAAUCUUACAUGGUGAAGAGAAUGGGUGUUUUCAGACUGCUUAAUCUCAGCCUCAUACCUCACAAACCUGUUCAGAUUCGUUCUCUGCACAGAAGCACCACCUUCACCUUCAUAAUGCACAGUCGAUACCUAGAUGCCUCUUUCUUUCAAGCAAUGACCCUCAAUGUGUCCGGUGCCUCUGUAGAAGACAGUUGUUCAGAGAUAAAACACCUGUUUUCUAUUCACAGACAGCAGCGAUGUGUUGGGGGGGGAAGCCGGAUGUUUGCGCAAGCUGCGCUGCGGUUGUUGAGCAGGGUCCAAAAUCUCACUCACACUUCACAAAGCAUUGAAUAUUUUAUUAUAUUCAUUUACAUUGCCGUUCAAAAGACUGGGAUCUGUAAUAAUGUUUAUGAAAGAAGUCUCUUAUGAUCACCAGUGUUGUAUUUAUUUAAUCCGUAAUUAAUACAGUAAAAAAGGGAUAUAUUCUAAUAUUAUUAAUAAUUUAUUUUAUAUUUUAAAAAUGUAAUUUAUUCCUAUGCUGGCAAAGCAUCAUAACUUCAGUUUUCAGUGUCACAUGAUCCAUCAGAAAUCAUUCUAAUAUGCUGAUUUGGUGCUUAAGAAAUAUUUCUCACCAAUGAUGAAAACAGUUGUGCUGCUUAAUAGUUUUGUGGAAAUCUUGAUACUUUUUCAGUUUUCUUUGAGUAGAAAGUUUAAAAGCAAAACAAUUAUUUGCAAUAGGAAUGUUUUGUAACAUCAUAAAUGUUAGUCACUUUUGAUCUGUUUAAUGCAUCUUUGCUGAAUAAAAGUAUUAAUUUCUUUCAAAAAAAUAAAAAAAAGAUUCACUUUUGAACGGUAAUGUAUAUUUAAAAAAUAAAAUAACAUUUCAUAUACAUCUUUUUGUAAUGUGAAAUAAUCAGAAAUAAUAUUUCUGGUCUGCAAAUUUGAUUAACUGUUGGCAGAUGAAAAGAGGUAAUUUAAGACCCUGCCUACAAGUGUUUCUGACUGACUCACCAGAUCUUGCGACUUUAAGCUUUGCGCUCUUCUUCGACAUGUACAGCUAACAAUGAGUUCAUUAUCAGAGCAGUAUGGCGAUACUUGAAAGAAAAAAUGCAUUUUAUGUCAAUACUUGACCUUACUGCAGUGUGUAGCAUCUUGCUGGCUAAUCCAAAAGAGUGCUACUCCUCUCUAAUAUAGUUUAAUAAUAGACACUGCACUAAUUUUUAGCUACCGUAGACGAUGCUUUUAGUUGUCGUUGGCUUUCGUUAUAAUAGCAAGUUUUGUUUUUGUUUUAGUGUUAAGUUAGCUUUUGUAUCAUCACUGAGAUACUCAGCCCUCUUUUUUUUCCUGUACCUGAGGCUGUAGGUGCCAUUCCAGCUAAAAAUCUUGCUGAUUCUGUCCAUUCCUCCAAGCACACGGUGGGAGAGAGUUUGAGAGGAAAAGAAAACAGGGAUUGACGUAGAAGGAAAAGUUUUUCUUUCUCUCUUUCUCUCACAGACACACACAGACACCUUGAAUCGUGGGAGUCAGCAUAGCAUGUUCUCCUGCGACGUGCACAUCCUGUGUUUUAGGCACAUGUGAGUCAGACCCUUUCAGGGUCAUGUUCUGAUCUUUCUACCAGAUCGUGUGCUGUGUGUCAAUGACACAUCGCAAACAAUCAUGUUCUUAUUAGUAUGUUUGUCUGGUAAAUAUAUCUACACAAAUUCUUCAAACAAGAUCAGUUUGUCUGAGAAGCAAAAUUGUGUUUGGCUUUCCUCUCCCUUUUUUAAAACAAAAACCUCAUGACCUUUUGUUUCAUUUAUACUGAAAAAGAAAGACAAAUAAAACUAGUUCAAGAUAAGGGGCUGGGUUUUGAUUUACGUGAAUCUUUUUUUAUUAUUAUUUAAUUAAAACGUUUCUUCACUGAUUCAUUCAGUGUGCUUUUCUGCAGGUUGCAUCAUUAUGCCAGUAAGUGUUGACAUGCAGAUGUCAUUUUGUGAGUUAUGAGGAAGUUCUGAAUCAUUUACUGUACUUAACUGAAUCUUUAAAAACCACAAGUGUUGUUCACAACCAAAACAAGUCUUUAUUAAAAUGUGAGUGCCUAUAAAUUGGAAAAAAAGGAACAUGAAUGAUUCCUCUGCUUAAACGGAUUCAUUCAUUCAACCGAUUUGUUCGAUUUAUUCUUGUAUUAUCUUGUGCAGUUUUGCUUCUCAGGGAAUUUAAUCUUGGUUUAAGGAAGUUUGGAUGUAUUACUAGAAAACAUUUCUACUUAGAAACUGACUGCAGUGCACAGCUCCCUGGGUUCUUGGGCUGGUUCGAACCUCAGACUCCGCUUCCUGAACCCCCUCCUGAGGUCAUAGGGAGCCUAGAUUAGAUAAAUGAAGGAAUACUAUAAGCCAGAUCACAGGUUUAAAAGCCGCACACUCUUUCACUGUUCAAGCUUUUUCCUUUUUAAUAAGACGAUUGAUGUUCUUUUGUUUGUUUUGCUUCGAUUUUCUUCUAUAAAUGAGAAUGUCUGUGAAUUUAUGAACUUAUAACUAAUAAGGUUUUUUGUACUUCUUCGAAAUACUGUAUUUAAUUUGUUCUCCUUAGAACACCUUCUGUAGGGCGCUACUGUUUUUCCUCGCUUCAUUCGUAACAUUUCGUUUAAAAACCUCAGCCUUUCCUGAGGUGUGCUCUACUGGAUCGAGACUGUUGUCAAAAGCUCAAAUACAAAUAUCUGUAUAUAUAUACAUACCUAUGCUUACCUGUUAAGCCAACAAGCACUGAUAAAGAAUGCACCGUCUCUAGAUGAUUAGUUUCUGCUUGUGGACGUGCACGUGCAACACAACCGCAUUGUUGCAUAUGGCCUAUGUCUGGCGUGCGUGGUGGUGUGCGAGAUCUGUGUCUGAAUGUUCCACUUUCCUGUUAUUUAUACAAUAGAGGCAUUUAUUCCAAGCCAAGGGUUUAAACCUCAGUGUAUUUUAAGUAAUAGAAAGCUUGUAGGCUGUAAUUGUGCCUGAGGCAGUUGUGAGACAUUGAUGAUGUUUACCUGAAAAAUCAGGCCCUAAUCACUUUUAUAAGUGUGAUUUUAUUAAGCUAGUUUUAUAAAUCACCUGUAUGGCCCCGCUUAUGAAACUUUCAAAGUUAUAGUAGGGUAAAAAUGUUAUGAAUUAUAAAUAAUAAGAUACUUAACCUCCUCCUCAGCUGUUUUGAAUCAGUUGAUUGGCAUUAUGUACAAAUCAGUGAUCUUAUCGUAAAUGAUCCCUUCUUCAUCAUUAGUUGGAGUGGGCGCUGUUUAAUUUUUACGAAAAAUCCUUGCGAAAAGUUCAACUUUGUCCACCCUGCCUAAAAUUGCGGUCACAUUUACCUCAGCGAAAUUUCGCAAGCAAACUCUAUUAAUUUAAAUAGUUAUCAUACAAUCUAGAGUUUUGCGCCAAAGCGAAAACGUUCCUUGAAAAAAAAUCAUUGCAAAUUCACUUGGUUUCAAAAUGGUUUCUGUGUGAAUACUACGUACAUUUCUACGAAAUUGACAGUACGUUUCCUCAAAGAAUGGUUGAUUAUGAAAAACGCGACUUAUCCGCGUCUCAAAUGUUUGUUGUUCACAAGAAGUUACCAUAAGACGUCUUCCCUCGCGCAUAAUGCGCCUCAGACGCAAUUUAAGUUCUUCCCGGCGAUCAGGAGACUUGUUGUACACACAUCAUUCUCUCAGACUUUUGCCAAAGAAAAGCGAAAAUAGUCUGUAAGGGAAAUUUCAUGAUGCAGAAAGCCAGGAUUUAUUCCGCUGAGUUUAGCCAGCGGAGCCGUCUUCAGGUUUCAAAUGUAUUUUAUCAGCACAACUAAUUCUUCUAAUCUUUUCCUCUGAAUUAACCUGCAGUGAGAGUGGCGUGCAAAAUGUUGGCACCUUUUUAAUAACUAUUUUAGAAAGACAAUAUUUGCACCUUAAACCCAUACCAAAACAUCACGUUCUUAAAGGGACAGUUCACACAUAAAAUACAAUUCUGUCAUCUUGUGCUCAUGUUUCAGUAUUUACAUGAUUCUGUGGAACAUGCAAAAAAGAUGUUUAGAAGAAUGUUCAUGCUGCACUUUUCACAAUAAAAAAUGACAAAAACACCAUAAAAGUAUUUCAUGUGACUCCAACUCAAGUCUUCUGAAGCCAUAAAAUAGUUUUGUGUAAACAGAAAUGUAGGUCAAUACUGCAAACUUUUAUUGUGCUUUUUGGUGUAUGGAAAAAUGCAGCAUGGACAUUCUUUAAAAUGUCUUUUUACGCAAGGAAGGUGAAUUAGAACUACAUGAGGGUGCAUCAAUGGUGCCAAAAUUAAAUUUUUGUGUGAAUUACCCCAUAAAGUUGAUCCCAUUUCACCAGUGUCCCCUCAUGAUUGUCAUUCUUUAUCAUGACCCCUGCAUAUCCAGAGGGGGAAAUAUGUGUAUUUUAACAAAUUGUCAUUGCUAGCGAGAAUUAUAAUGCGUUGAAUG